AUAAUCUGUCAUCUCGUAUCCAUUAGCGAGUAUAAAAGCGGCUCCUUUGUGGAGAACAGUCAAACAUUAAUUUCUCUUUACUUAAUUUGGAUCCAGAAGCAGAUAGCCUUAUUCAAAGCCAUGUCUGGAGUCAAAGGAGGUCACAAGGAUCAACCAAAAGAUGUUGGUUAUUAUGAGAAGCACCAUGAGGACACAAAGAAGGACAGCAGCACACCACAGCUAGAUCCAGUGGAACCUGUGGUACCUCAGCCAACUGCAUGCCAGCCAGCUAAGCAUCAACCAGCUGUGAGUCAGCCAGCUCAAACUCAGCCAGCUGUGAGUCAACCAUCCCAAACUCAGCCAGCAAAGAGCCAACAAUCUGUGAGCCAACUAACCCAAACUCAGCCAGCCAAGAGCCAACCAGCUGUGAGUCAACCAGCCCAAACUAAGGCAGCCAAGAGCCAACCAGCUGUAAGUCAACCAACCCAAGCUCAGCCAGCCAAAAGCCAAUCAACUGUGAGCCAACCAGCUGUGAGUCAACCUGCCCAAACGCAGCCAGCCAUCAGCCAGCCAGCUGUGAGCCAACCUGCUGUGAGCCAACCAGCCCAAACUCAGCCAGCCAAGAGCCAACCAGCUGUGAGUCAACCAAUCCAAGCUCAGCCAGCCAAGAGCCAACCAGCUGUGAGUCAACCAACCCAAGCUCAGCCAGCCAAGAGCCAACCAGCUGUGAGUCAACCAGCCCAAACUCAGCCAGCCAAGAGCCAACCAGCUGUGAGUCAACCAGCCCAAGCUCAGCCAGCCAAGAGCCAACCAGCUGUGAGUCAACCUGCCAAAACGCAGCCAGCCAAGAGCCAACCUGCUGUGAGUCAACCAGCCCAAUCUCAGCCAGCAAACAGUCAGCCAGCUGUGAGCCAACCAGCUGUGAGUCAACCAACCCAAGCUCAGCCAGCCAAGAGCCAACCAGCUGUGAGUCAACCAGCCCAAACUCAGCCAGCCAAGAGUCAACCAGCUGUGAGUCAUCCAACCCAAGCUCAGCCAGCCAAGAGCCAAUCAACUGUGAGCCAACCAGCUGUGAGUCAACCUGCCCAAACGCAGCCAGCCAAGAGCCAACCAGCCCAAGCUCAGCCAGCAAACAGCCAGCCAGCUGUGAGCCAACCAGCUGUGAGUCAACCAACCCAAGCUCAGCCAGCUGUGAACCAACCAGUCCAAGCUCAGGCAGCCAAGAGCCAACCAGCUGUAAAUCUACCAACCCAAGCUCAGCCAGCCAAAGGCCAAUCAACUGUGAGCCAACCAUCUGUGAGUCAACCUGCCCAAACACAGCCAGCCAUCAGCCAGCCAGCUGUGAGCCAACCAGCUGUGAGUCAACAAGCCCAAGCUCAGCCAGCAAACAGCCAGCCAGCUGUGAGCUUACCAGCUGUGAGUCAACCAGCCCAAACUCAGCCAGCCAAGAGCCAACCAGCUGUGAGUCAACAAACCCAAGCUCAGCCAGCCAAAAGCCAAUCAACUGUGAGCCAAUCCACUGUAAGUCAACCAGCCCAAACGCAACCAGCCAAUAUUCAACCAGCUGUGAGCCAACCAGCUGUAAGUCAACCAACCCAAACUCAACCAGCCAAUAGCCAGCCAGCUGUGAGCCAACCAGCCCAAGCUCAACCAGCCAAGAGCCAAUCAACUGUGAGCCAAGCAGCUCAAACACAGCCAGCCCAAGCUCAGCCAGCCAAGAGCCAACCAACUGUGAGCCAACUAGCCCAAACUCAGCCAGCCAAGAGCCAGCCAGCCAGUCUUGUAUAG